CUUCGAUCUCGCAUCUCUCGAUCAUCGCUUUCUCUCUCGUUUCACUGCUCUGAAAACCCUAGCAAUGGCGACCGAAGAGCCCACCACCGGCCUCGCCACGGAGGCAAUAGCUGAUCCGGCACCGGACGUGACUGUUCCAGACGUAGCCUCCGCCGACGAUGUCGCCGGCAAGCCGGUGAAAGCAAGGAAAGCGAAGGAACCGAAGGCUAAGAAGGCUGCUGGUCCUAAGAAGGGUCCUAGCCAUCCCCCGUAUCUCGAGAUGAUCGGGGAGGCAAUCACGACGCUGAAGGAACGCACUGGAUCAAGCCAAUACGCUAUCGGAAAGUUCAUCGAAGAUAAGCACAAGAACAAGCUUCCUCCCAACUUCGCCAAGCUUCUUCUUGUUCGGCUCCGCAAGCUCACCGCCUCCGGCAAACUCACCAAGGUCAAGAACUCGUACAAGAUCCCUUCGGCUUCCAAGACCCCCGCGGCCCCCGCCGCCGCUGUCGCUCCGGCGAAGCUGAAGUCGAAGCCGAAGCCAAAGCCAACUGUCGCGAAGAUUAAGACUGCUGCAAAGCCGAAAGACAAGGCCAAGCCCAAGUCCGUAGCGGCUAAGCCGAAGUCGAAACCGAAGCCAGCUGCAGCCGCUAAGCCGAAGCCAGCAGCAGCUAAGCCGAAGCCGAAGGCAGCGCCUGCUGCCAAGGCAGCUGCCAAACCCAAAGCGGCCGCUAAAGUCACUAAGCCGAAGCCAAAGGCUCGCCCGGCUAAAGCCGCCAAAACCUCCGCCAAGGACACCCCGUCUAGAAAGGCUGUGGCUAAGCCGGCUUCUUCCAAGAAGGCUGCUGCGGCUCCGGUGGCUAAGAAGCCAAAAGCCGUGAAGCCGGUGGCAAAGUCUCCGGUCAAGAAGACUCCGGCGAGAAAGGCGAAGAAGUAGGGCCAUAUAUAAUUCCAAUAGACUUUUUUUUAAUAUUUGUUUACUUUUUUUAGGUUUUUACUUCAGCGGUUACUCUUUGUAAAAUAGGUCGUGUUUGCAAGGGUAGUUAUGUAAUUUCGUUUGAUGUUUAGAAGUUGGGCUUUAUAAGAUGAGAAGAUGAGAUUGUUCUGUUUCUGUUUUU